AUGUCAUUCACUAUUUCACGCCGGUCCAUAUUCACACUUCCUGACCUCUCCUCGCUCUCCCCCUUUUCGGGCUCAGAUGGAAAGGGUCCGCAGGAGAUCCAGACUUAUCAUGAGCGCAAAAUAUUCCCAUACAAGCCGAGCCAGUUACACAGCUUGGUCUCAGACAUAGAGUCGUAUCCACGAUUUUUACCCUUCUGUACGGGUGCUCGCAUCUUGAGUCGCACGCCGGCCUCCGUGAACGAAACCGAGACCUUUCAGGCGGAAAUGACCGUCGGUUUCCUUACGUUCAAGGAGAGCUAUGUCAGUGACGUCAAGAGUAGACCUAACGAAUAUGUAGAGGUCGUGGCUUCGUCGUCCACCCCGCUAUUCAAGACGCUCAACACAACAUGGCGGUUCCAGCCUGCGUCCCCUCAGUCCCCUCAUCCCAGCUGGGGCUCGUCUCUUCCGGACCCGCCUUCUGCUGCCUCGUCCGCGGCGUCACCGGCAGCUCAACGAGACGCGGGGCCCACCCUCGUUACCCUUGAUCUCGCGUUCUCGUUCGCGAACCCAGUGCACGCUGCGGUGUCCGCAACAUUCUUUGGACAAGUGUCAAAAAUGAUGGUCAAGGCCUUCGAGGAACGGUGCCUGGACAUAUACGGACCUGGUAAUAAAUGA